CUCCUCCACCAUCUAACUCAACCCCUCUCCCCCACCCAUCUCGACCUCCUCCUUCUAGUCUGCUACUUCCUCACCGGAAUCCUCGACAGCAGCGCAAUUCUCACUCUGGGUGCUUUUGUGUCUAUGCAGACGGGAAAUACGGUCUAUUUUGGUUCGGGGGUGAUGGUACCUUUGAUUACGCUGAUGCAGACGGGCGGAGAAGGGGGUAAUGGGGAUAAGUGGAUUCGAGCCGGAAUUUCCGUGGGCAGUUUUUGUCUGGGGAGUUGGGGGUUUGCGAGAUUUCAUUGGUUUUUCGCGGAGAAGAAGAAUAAGAAGAAAAAUGGAAAGGGGGAAAAGGAGGAAAUCCCCAAAACUCGCUGGUUGAUUCUUUGUUCGAUUUUUUUUCAAAUCGUGCUUUUGGGGAUUGCGGGGGUGGUUAUUCCUUCUACAACAAACAUCCAAGGAAACCACCAGCAGCACCAGCACCACCAGCAAAACCUCCCCCUGGAUUUGAAUUUUCCAGUAAUUCUCGCUCUAAUCCUCAUAUCCCUCCAAUCCUCCGGCCAAGCAUAUCUCUCUCGAAUUUUCGGCUACAAUUCCCUCACCAGCGUCGUUUUAACUUCUAUUUACUUAGACCUAUUUUCUGAUCCACAUCUCUUCUCUCAUCAUCGCGAGGGGAACGGGGAAAGAUAUCGUCGAGUUGCGGCUGUUGUGUGUUUAUUGGCGGGUGCGAUGCUGGGGGGGUGUAUGGUGAAUUUUGGGCUGUGGGGGGGCUUGAAGGGGGCGUUGUGGGUUGCGGUGGGGUUGAAGGGGGGGGUGGGUUUGGGGUGUUGGGUUUGGAGG